AUGGCGCAUAGAAAUAAUGAUGUUCCAAAAUACGCAUAUUUCGAAGAAGAUGAAGUACAACAGUCUGUAUCAUUAGUUUCAUCACAACCACAACCUCAACCACAAUCUUUUCCUCCGCAGAAUGAGUAUAAAAUGGAAGAUGGGCAAAUACCGCCCUCCUCAUCAGGGAACUAUAAUAGUGAUGGUAGAUCACCCCGAAGAGGCGAAGGAGGAGAGUAUUAUAAUCAAGGACAUCCACCUCAAAUGAACUAUAAUGUAGGCGGAGAGUAUCAUCUUCAAAAUUAUCAUCCAAAACCAUCACCAUUAAAUAAAAAUCAAUUGCCUUAUGACUAUUAUAAUAGUAAUAGUUCAAUAAUUCAACCGACAACGUCGUCGAUGCCUGAACCGUUCACAAAUUCUUCAACACAAAUUUAUCCUCCUGACCAUAAUAAUCUUCCUCCAUCUGGACAUUAUAAUAAUCCUCGCUCCAUUGAUAACUCAUAUCCAUCAAAUAUUCCUCCUAUUCCCCCUACACAAAAUUACUCUUAUCCAUCCAGAACGCCACCAUCACAUCCAAUAGGUAUAACAUCUCAAUCUCCACCACCACUUCCUCAACAAUAUCAAUCACCAUACCAACCUUCUCCGUCACCAUAUCAAAUUCAUGCAACUUUACCAAAUAAUCCUGAUUACUCGACCGCUACUUACUCGAAUGCAAAUCUUCAUUUAACUCAGCCAUAUACCCGAACAAAUGUACAACAGACACAUUCAUCUCCUCAACAACAAUACUCAGCAUCAUCACCACGACCGCCUUCUCCUCGACAUCAUUCUCAGUCGCCGGUUAAUGGACCUGUGCCAUCAAAACCGGAAGCUUACUCUACACCACAACUUCAUUCGCCUCCCUCAUCAUCAUCAUUACGACCGGCGGCGGCGCCGGCACCAGCUCCAAUAAUAAUAGCUCCAACAUAUGGAGAUAAAAGAGAAAAAAGAGGUGGUGGUCGUCGUAAAGAUCAUCACGACCACGACGACACCUAUUUUGCAGAUUGUGGUAUCACAUUGUUCACCUAUUCACGCACAUUGCCUUCGAAAUGUAGCGGUUUAUGCGAUCCAAAUUCAAAUAAUGGUACAUUGAUUGGAAAUGGAACAUCCAAUAUUCAAGCACCAAGUCUAUUAUCAACGGCUAAUAGUACGGUCAAUAACGCCACUAGUGAUGCGUCACAUACGUGUAGCAAUGUGUCAAAUAUGUUGUGUCGUGUUGGAAGUAGUGGUGGUCGUGGUAGCGGAUGCUGUUAUUGUUGUUGA